AUGACAGCAGAAUCUAAGGAAGCUGGAGCAAUGAAAUUAUGUCACCACAAACAAGCAAAAUGGUACUGGAAAUCAAAUCCAAAUGCAGCGUCCACUCAUGAAAAAGAAGAAUGGAUGAGCUACUCUGACAUUGAAUCCGAAAUUAUUGAAAAAGCAUUUAAUGACAAACAUAAAACAACAUUGGUCGAAUUAGAUGAUUAUUGGAUUGAUUUAAACAAUUCUAUUGCAAUCAGCAAGCAUGGUUACAAUAAACUAACGCCAAUCAAACGGGUACCGAUUAAUAGCCCUCAAAAUCAGCGUUUGAGAGGAGAAAGGUUCUCUGGACUACCAGAAUCUAUUAAACAUUUCAAUGAGUGGACAAAUGGCGGAUAUUGGUUUAUUAAACAGUGGAAGGAUCAACAAUCACCAGACAUUUCAUAUAGCGAAAUAGUUGAACAAGCAGCAAAUGGAAUAAUUACAGAAGCCCAACUAAUAGAAAAAUCAGAUGAAGCAAAACGUAUGGCCGACCAAUUACUCCAUCGCAAAGGUUAUGAUAAAGUCGAGAUUCAUAAAUGUUCAAUUGAAUUAUAUACAAUGGAAUCAUUCCUCUACAAAUUGGUAAAUAAAACACUUAGAGAUAAUGAUAAGAGUAAACUGAAUACACUUGGUCCAUAUUGCUACCUAUUGUAUCAUUCGUGGUACAUGAUGGAUGACAAAACAAUGGGAAAAGUUUACCGCGGAGCAGAUCUACAACCAGGAGCUGAAGCACUCGCUGAUACACUGAAAGUCAAUCAAAAUCUUACUACUCUCCUUCUUAAUGACAAUCGAAUAGCUGACAAAGGAGCUGAAGCACUCUCUCAUGCAUUGAAAGUCAAUCAAAAUCUUACUACUUUUGUUCUUGGUGGAAAUCGAAUAGCUGACAAAGGAGCUGAAGCACUCGCUCAUGCAUUGAAAGUCAAUCAAAAUCUUACUACUCUUGUUCUUGGCGGAAAUCGAAUAGCUGACAAAGGAGCUAAAGCACUCGCGGAGGCAUUGAAAUUCAAUCAAACUCUUACAACCCUACUUCUUGAUGGCAAUCCGCUAGCUGACAAGGGUGCUAAAGCACUCGCGGAUGCACUGAAAGUCAAUCAAACUCUGACUGAGCUUAACCUUUCUUGUACCCAAAUGUCGCACCAAGGAGCUGAAUCGCUCGCUGAUGCAUUGAAACUCAAUCGAAAUCUUCGUAUUCUUCUUGUUCAUACCAAUGUAAUAGCUGACGAAGGAGCAGAAGCACUCGCUGAUGCAUUGCAAGUCAAUGAAACGCUCACUGAGCUUUAUCUUGGUUGUAACCAUAUUUCGUACCGAGGAGCUGAAGGGUUGGCUCAUGCAUUGAAAGUCAAUGAAAAUCUUAGUACUCUUGGUCUUGGUGGAAAUCGAAUAGCUGACAAAGCAGCUGAAGCACUAGCUAAUGCACUGAAAGUCAAUCGAAAUCUUACUACACUUCUUCUUGAUGGGAAUCGAAUAGGUAACAAAGGAGCUGCAUUACUGGCUGAUGCAUUGAAAGUGUUUCAAUAUCCGGAACCGUGUAGAUUCCGCAUA